AUGACAAUCGGCACUGGUAAAUUUGAGCGAAUGACAAAAGAAGAAAAAAUACGUUUCUGUCAAGAUCUUAUUAAAAAAGCUGCUAAUUUAACAAAAUCACCAGCUAUUAAUGAUAUUUAUUCGACAGAAAAUACACCUACUCUUAGUGAUAUACAUUCAAAAAGUAAAUCAAAUCAACAACCUAUUUCUGUUAAUGAUACUUCAACUUAUAAUGGAACUCCAAAAUCACAUUCAACUAAACGAAGAACAUCAAAAUCUUCGAUAAAAUCAUCCACAUCACAUACAGUUGAUUAG